GGUUUAACCCAAUGCUGUUGGGUUUUUUUUCCCUGUUUUGUCAUUACAGAGUACAGUCACGCACUGCACUGGUUUGGUGAACCUCAACCAUGUCUAUGGCGGUUUCAGUUUCAUCUUCCGAGCAAAGUGAUUGGGGCCAAAGGGUAUCGGAAAAGGUUCUUUCUUUCUACGCUUCUCUUCCCAAAAAGGGCAAACCUCAAGGCCGUGAAAUCACUGUUCUGGCUGCUUUCCUUCUCUCUUCUCCUUCUAAUGACUUAAGGGUUGUUGCAAUUGGAACGGGAACAAAGUGCAUUGGGCGUUCUCUCUUGCGAACUUGUGGUGAUGUUGUUCAUGAUUCGCAUGCUGAAGUCAUUGCUAGAAGAGCUUUGAUGAGAUUCAACAUCUUACUGAAACCAGUGGUAACCACGGACCUACCAAUGGAGGCAAACGGUUUAAAUUUGAUGAUGGUAACUUGCCAUUUGAGUUGGAUACAGGGUGUCUUAAUAAAGGGAAAUAUACUUUGA